UGUUUCGGCAGCGUAUGUAUUGCACAACAGUCUUUGAAAUCGUUCACGUCUGAGAUGAGUUACCUUUGGGUCGAGAAGUAAUAAUGCGGAUGCGUCCGCGCGUGCGUGCGUGCGUGCGUUCGUGCGCCGAGGAACCAGGAAACGUGGGGGGGUAAAAUGUGGCUAAACUAAACGGGCAAACGCGAUAAAUUAAACCGUGCCUCUCUAUCUCUGAUUUCUUCCGUCUGCUCUGCCUCCACUCGCUGGUUUCUAUUGAGGCUAUUUUUAGCCCCAGCAGACGAGUCACGUGGCAGGAGGGAGGACGACGUCAAUAAUGUUGUUGUUGGUGUUGGAGAGAGAGAGGGAGAGGGAGAGACUGUAAAUAUGGAGGAGGUGAAACGGUAGGAGGCGAGACGCGACCCCGCUUUGUAAAUUACGCGUUUUUCGUCGUGCGAAAUAAAAGCGCAGAGGAGCCUCUACAGGGGAGGACGCAUAUACACACCGCGCGCACGCACACACAAACACCGAGCCCUCGGCGGAAAGCAAAGCCGGGAGGAAGCGACCUCUGCGCCAAUACGCGUUCCAGGAGGACCCGCCGACAUCCACCACGAAUACCCCGCGUUGAGAAGAAGUCCGGUUCACCUCCACGCCUGUCCCCCGUCCGUGCUCCAACACAUGGCCGACGCCGAGGACCCACUUUAACGCACACGUAAACGCGGCGGAAGGGUUGGGGAGGGGAAGUCCAGUCUCACCCUUGAACCCAUGAAUUCGUCACACCCCUCAAUAGUGGAGGUGAAGAGCAGCCUCCCAUCAGGCAUGCAGAGCCCAGUGGCAACAGCAAGCGAGCAGAGGGGAGGAGGUGGAGAAGGUGGUGGGGGCCCGGGAGAAGGCCCUGGAGGAGGUGGAGGCCCGGUGGACCUGCGAACGGAACCCAGGGUGGGGUCUCAUUCGGGGGGCGCGGGGGUGGACACGACCCUGCGAGAGCAGCAGCUCCAGCAAGAACUCGUGCUGCUCAAACAGCAACAGGAGCUCCAGAAACAGCUUCUGUUCGCGGAGUUUCAGAAAAAACACGAAGUGCUCACCAGACAACACGAAGUCCAACUGCAGGAACAUUUAAAGCAACAACAAGAGCUGCUGGCAGCUAAACGGCAGCAGGAGCUGGAGCAGAAGAGGAAACUGGAGCAGCAAAGACACGAAGAACAAGAGAAACAGCGACUAGAGCAACAACUACUACUGCUGAGGAACAAGGAGAAAGGCAAAGAGAGUGCCAUUGCCAGCACAGAGGUGAAGCUGAAGCUGCAGGAGUUCCUUCUCAGUAAGAAAGAGCCCGGCCCCGGCGGACUGAACCAUUCCUUCUCCCCAAAGUGCUGGGGAGCCCAGCACACCUCCAUGGAUCAGAGCUCUCCUCCGCAGAGUAACACCCCAGGGACUCCUCCUUCCUAUAAACUGCCCCCUCUGCUGGGGAACUACGAGGGCAAAGACGACUUCCCACUGCGCAAGACGGUCUCGGAGCCCAACUUGAAGGUGCGCUCGCGGUUGAAGCAGAAGGUUGCCGAGAGGCGGAGCUCUCCGCUUCUGCGCAGGAAGGACGGAACCGUCAUCAGCACCUUUAAGAAGAGAGCCAUAGAGAUAUCAGUUUCCUCUCUCUGUAACAGCGCACCAGGAUCAGGUCCCAGCAGCCCCAACAGCUCCAACAGUGCUAUCGCCAACGGCAACACGGGAUCAGUCCCCAACAUACAGACAGAGCUGAGAUCUCUGCAUCAGACGCUGGGGGCUGAUGGGACGUUGAGUCCUCUGAGUCUCUACACCUCGCCGUCCCUGCCCAACAUCUCUCUCGGCCUCCCUGCCAACACGCACAUCACGCCCCCCCAGAAGCUGUCUAGCCAACAAGAAGCAGAGCGACAAGCUAUCCAGUCGCUGCGAGGGGGCGGAGCUCUAACGGGGAAGUUUCUCUCCACGUCCUCCCUACCUGCAGGCGUGGGCCACGACGUGGAGACUCCACCCCCCAGCUCUCAUUCAGCCCAUUCCUCGUUAUUGCAGCAUGUGCUACUGCUGGAGCAGGCCAGACAGCAGACUGCUAUGCUAGUCCCCAUGUACAGUCAGUCUCCACUGGUUACGGCAGAAAGAGGCGUGUCCGGUGGCAUGCGGGCGGUCAACAAGCUGCCUCGCCAUCGGCCGCUGGCUCGUACGCAGAGCGCACCCUUGCCCCAGUCGCCCCAGGCCCUUCAGCAGCUGGUGGUCCAACAGCAACACCAGCACUUCCUGGAGAAACACUACAAGAUGCUGUCGAAGGGGGGAGAGCUUCCUAGGCCACCGCCCACUCACCCAGAGGAGACGGAGGAGGAGCUAACGGAGACCAACGACAUGCAGGAGGACGAUGUUGGGGCGGGCCUUCACAGGCUUCAGAAGGAGGGGUCAGACGACAGCACGCCUUCGUCCGAGCGACUCGGCGUGCACGUGAAGGGCGAGGAUGAGUUUGGCAGCAUGCACGUCAAAGGGGAGAGCACGGAGAGCGAGCUGGACGAAGAGGAGGAGGACGAGGACAUCAUCCAGCUAAGGGAGGGCGACGACGAGGAGAAGGGGAGCUAUACGCAGGCCUUGCAGCAGCUGGGUGUGUUCCAGUCCUCGUUGCCCCACAGACCUCUGGGAAGAGCGCAGUCCUCCCCUGCAGCCACUGUCAAUCCCAUCAAACACCUCUUCACCACUGGGCUUGUGUAUGACAGUCUAAUGUUGAAGCAUCAGUGUGUGUGUGGCAACGCUCACAUCCACCCGGAGCAUGCUGGGAGAGUUCAGAGCAUCUGGUCCAGACUGCAGGAGACGGGCCUGCUGGGCCGCUGUGAGAGGAUCCGUGGGCGUAAAGCGUCCCUGGAUGAGAUCCAGUCCGUCCAUUCGGAGUUUCACACGCUGCUGUAUGGAACCAGUCCGCUCAAUCGGCACAAGCUGGACCACAAGAAGCUGCUUGGUCCAAUCAGCCAGAAAAUGUACGCUGUUCUCCCCUGUGGAGGAAUAGGGGUGGACAGUGACACCGUGUGGAAUGAGAUGCACUCGUCAGCAGCCGUGCGCAUGGCGGUGGGUUCGGUCAUCGAGCUGGCCUUUAGAGUAGCCGCGGGGGAGCUGAAGAAUGGCUUCGCUGUCGUUCGUCCACCGGGUCACCACGCUGAGGAGUCCACUGCAAUGGGGUUUUGUUUCUUCAACUCAGUAGCCAUCACUGCCAAGCUGCUGCAGCAGAAGCUAGGAGUGGGGAAGAUCCUCAUAGUGGAUUGGGACAUUCACCAUGGCAACGGCACCCAGCAGGCCUUCUACAGCGACCCCAACGUCCUCUACAUCUCCCUCCAUCGCUACGACGACGGAAACUUCUUCCCCGGCAGCGGCGCUCCUGAGGAGGUGGGCUCGGGUGCGGGUGUAGGUUUUAAUGUGAACAUAGCGUGGACUGGAGGAGUGGAGCCCCCUAUGGGUGAUGUGGAGUACCUCACUGCCUUCAGGAGUGUGGUCAUGCCCAUCGCCCAGCAGUUCAGUCCAGAUGUGGUGCUGGUGUCCGCGGGCUUUGACGCAGUCGAGGGCCACCAGUCUCCUCUGGGAGGCUACAACGUCUCUGCCAAAUGCUUCGGUCAGCUAACGCAGCUCCUGAUGGGUCUGGCGGGUGGGCGGGUUGUCAUGGCGCUGGAGGGCGGUCAUGACCUCACCGCUAUCUGUGACGCAUCGGAGGCCUGCGUCUCUGCGCUCCUGGGAGACCCGUGUGACUCCAUGUUUCAGUGGCCUCAGGAGAAGCCUUGCCCCAAAGCCUGCGCCUCACUGGAGAGAGUAAUAGAGAUCCAGAGCAAACACUGGCCUUGUCUCCAGAGUUUGUCUCAGACCUGUGGUUACUGUCUAGUGGACAGUCCCCUCGGUGCUCAGGGCCAAUCAGAGAAGGACGAGGCGGACACUGUCAGCGCCAUGGCGUCCCUGAGUGUCGACGUCGAGCAGCCGGGCUCCGUCCCUGAAAACGUAGAAACCAACAGGUCCACAGAGGAGCCAAUGGAAGAAGAGCCUGUCUUGUAGGAGGAGCUUAAACCAAGAAGCACGCAAAAAAAAGACUCCACAUUCACCUCCUUCUAGCACCUCCUCUUCCUCUUCCUUUGCCUCUUCCUCCGCAAAGUGUGCGUAGGUACGCACACACAGAGUGGAAUUGUGCCACUGUGGAGGACUCCCGUUUGACUGAGGAGAACACAAUGGAGGCAGGAGAGGGCGGGGCCCUGUGAAAAGCGUGGACACAUCCCUUUUCCACUGGUUCACCAGCCCAGGGAGGAGCAGACGACUUGUUAGCAUCUCCACGGAAACCAGAGGAGGGGAGCGUCGUCAAGGAUACACGUCUUGUGCCCUCGUGUACUGUAAUUCACCACCUGUACACAGCACCACUGAACUUCUCUCUUCCACCCGCCAAUGAUUUCUUUUUAUUUCAUCCCUAUUCCGGUGACUGUGGAAAAAAAAAAACAACAACUUGAAACUAAAUAUCAGAGACCAAGUGGACGACUUGUCCUCUUGCGUGUCGCGAGGUCGCCUGGCAGAGGAGGAAUAAUCCGUUUUAAAAAUUAGCAGAGGAGGAGGAGGAACUAGGUGCCUUUUUUUCUGUCUAUCAAAAAAAAAAAAAAAAAAGUCUGAUCAGAAACCACAAACCGCCGCCGCAGCACCUCAGAAAAAAACAAAACAAACAAACCAGCCAACCGGGACUGAAGAAACACUAAUGCACACAUUCACCCACACACACACGCAAAAAAAAACAACAAAAAAAACACAAACACACAUGCUGCUGUUGUUCCAGUCGGUCUGUUCAUCUUUGGGUCUUUGUUUUCUUCAUCUGGAUGCCUUAGUUUGUCCUAAUCUCACUAUUUAUAGUUAACUUGAGAGGGAUGGAGGGAGAGAAUUAACAGACAUGAUAAAAAACUGUAACUGGUAGGAGCUGUGUUGUCUUUCAGAUAUGACAAUAUUCAUGCCAGAUAGUCCCAACUUCUUCUUCGAUGCAAGAAAAGCCUCUAAAGCCAUCGUUAAAAAAAACAAAAUCCCUAGAAAAAAAAAGUAUGCAUUGAAUAGUGACGUUAAAAUAACAUCAGGAUCCAGUCACCUUUGGCAGUAUUCACUGAAACUGUACUGUACCACCUCAGCACAUCAGUCCACUCUGUCUUUAACUCGUUCAGUCAUGUGACCUCAGCCCAGCCUUCCCCACCCCCCCACUCGCACCCCCACCCCUCUCUAAAGUAGGAAACACCAUGAUGACCACCACGUCCAAAUCAUUAUUAAUAUUAUUAUUUUUCUUUUUAAUUGUAAUAUUUCUAGUUUGGUGUAUAAAUACUCCUGUCUCCUGUCUUGUUGCCCACGGUUACAUCACAAUGGACUCUGUGUGGUCACUUUUCUAAAUCUGUAUAUAUACACACACAUAUAUAUAUAUAUAUAUAUAUAUAUAUAAAAAAAACACAAAAUUCUUUCUCUUUUUGUAUAAAAAACAAAAAAUAAUAUUCUAUAUAAAUUAUAUGUAUAUAUAUAUAUAUGUAUGUAUAUAUAUAUAUAUAUAUAUAUAAUGUAAACAGUGUUUCAUCCAAUCAGAUUGGAUUCAUAAAUAUAUUCUAUUUGGAGAUUUGAUGUUUUGACAGGAAGUAAGCACACGGCCUGAUGACGUCGGACCGCACCCUGUUGAGUUUGUUUGUUUACAGAUGUUAAAGUUAUGGCCGGAUGUUGUUGUUGUUGUUGUUUUUGGAGGGUAAAACUAGAUCCACUUUCUCUGGCAGGACCAGCACUGCCCUCCUCAGGCAAACAGCCGCAACUACACAAAAGAGGUCAGAAGUCGUUGUUAAUAGGCUGGUCCAGUGAUGAUGUGUUUUUGUAGUCCGGAAGGAAGGCGGCUUGCUCCUUCGAGGUUUUUUUGGACUUUCGUUACAGGUCAACCGUCGUUGGUACUGAAUCACCAGCCGGACUCUUUGUGUCAUUAGCCCUGAUCCAGGAAGAGCAAACUAUGCGCGACAGACACUGAGUGGAUCUGAAAAAAAAUAAAUGUUUCGACAGGGAGUGAGGGAGAAGAGCUUUGACUUUACGUGUCUUGCAACAAAUUAGUGGAGAAAACCUUUUUCUUCUGGAGCAAAUCUGUCUUUUGUCCUCAUCAUUUAAACUCACAGUAAUAGCUUUUUAUGCCACUUGGGGGCAGCAGAAACAAGAAAGUCACUUAUAUGACAUUAAAGCUGAUAAUGUGGUAAUUUGUUAUCAAACCUCAUCUGUUUUUAUGCAGACAUCAGACAGAGAGCAACAUCAUUAUUUUAAGUAGUGUUUCUGCAGCACUCACUCCCCCGUUUGCUCUAUUUUGGUCUCCACCACCUCUCCACAGAAAUAUCCGUCACCCGAAGGCUCCACUUUCGUGGUUGUCACCGGCGUUGUCCGUCUGCAGUUCGGUGCUGUGCCGGAAGCAUGGAGUGGCUUUUUAGAGCUUUUUAGCUGAAAAUAGCUGCCUCUCGCAGCCAGAAAUAACACUAUGAGAUGAGUAAAGGUGCUUUCAGAUGCUAAGUGGCUGCUGCUGCUGCUGCUGUACAGCCACCACUUAGCGAUCUGUAUCUACCACGGUGCCUCCUGGCUACCUCUGAUCUUACCGGCCUGUUCGCCUGGUAUAAUGUUGUUACGCUGCUAAACAGGGACUGUCGUAGCUUAAAACAGAGUAAACAGAUUAAUAUAACAAGCGCUGCUAACGACGAUCAACACCGUUUGCGGUCCCGGACUGUACAACAGAACUCUGAAGUCGACGUUUCUCUUAAUUAAUCUGUGUAAUUCAGGGAACACUGCUUUUAACACUCAGAACAAAUUCUGGAUCCUCUCAGUGACUGUAAAUGUCUGUUAGGCUGUUCCUGGAUCAGUGCUAAUGGAUCACCAGUUAUAGAGGGUUAUGACAGGACUGGGCAAGUGCUUUUCCCGCAGGUCGGCUUUACUCAUAUUUGACCAAAGGGACAAAUCAACACUAGUCCCAGGCCAAAAGUGGGACAACUUCUGUAAAUAUGGAUCUGUAAAGUUUAGAGCUUCACGUGUUUCAACCAAGUACAUUUCAACAAAACUACAGCUGAACGUAUCAAACAGGGUGAACCAUAAUACUACCGUUCUUUAUAAGCUUUAAAAAAAGGACUGAACUGUUGGGAACCAAAGCUCAAAUCUGCUGGCUACAUUUAACGCGUGGCUUUUGCUUUUGUUAACCUUAAAUCACAGCUCCACAAACCGACAAUCACGCCACACACUCAGUGGAGACAAACCUUCAGAAACUGGACCACCCUAUUUUUAUUUUAUUUUGUUUUUUUUUUUUUUUUCCACGUCUUAUCGAAAAGCCAGACUCGGUAAACACUAUCCGGCGACGUCAGGAAGUUACAGUAAACCCCUCGAUCCUCGCUUAACUCCGUUUCCCGCGAUCCCCACUACGCUACGACCUUUGGGGUCUCAUCAGUUCAAAGCAAUAUCACAGUAAUGUCCUGCUUCGCUGUUGCAACACCGCAACCAGCCUCAGAGCUUGCAUAAUUUGCAGAGUUUAUACGUACGUGAAAGGAUAGACGGUAUCAAGAGGGUGACUGAUUGAUUGAUUUAUUGAUUGAUUGACCUGUGUUUCCAGACGGUUUCCAGUGUAGUUUUUUUGUACUAAUGUAAACACUACGGCCAUUUUUGUCCAUUAUACUCUUGGGCAGGGUUGGACAUAUGGGUGACUAUGGGUGGGUGUCGACAGCUGAGCUCGACUGGAGUUCAUGCAAGCACAAAAGAACGAAACAAGUAUCUGUGUUGAGAUGAGUAAGCACCAGAGUUGUCACUUAUAGCUAUUUAUAACUCAAUGAAAAUGCCUUAAUAAUUCUUUUAUAUAUACAUAUAUAUACAUAUAUAUGUGUAUAUAUACAUGUAUAAAUGACUGCCAACAGGUCAUGGAUUCAGUGUUUGGAGGAGCUUUAUCAUUAUGCGAGUCAUUAGGGCGGUAUCUGUUGGCCAUUAGCGGAACUGCGGCUUUAAAUAACAACACAUGCACACAUCCACGACUUAAAAGCCGCAGAGCUACAUUCAAACCCUUCUCAAACAAACUCACACACACCGGUUAAGCCUGUCAAUGCCAGGUGAUUCAAAAACUGCGUAUUUCUCUGGUGACAUUCCCACUGCUUUUUUUUUUUUUCUUUUGGUUUCCCAGAGCUGUAGAGAGGGGAGCAACCACAUUAGAAACUCUUGCACAAAAGUUACUAAUGUAACCACGGUUCCAUGAAUUUUUCUCAGAAAGAUUGGAAGCGUCCAAGAGACUUUUCUGAUGCCCCGGAUUUAAAAGAAAGAAAGGAUUAGAAUCUAAGAACCAAAGCGAUAAAUGGCAAGAUUAAAUGCAGAUUGGCAAUGGUGUGGGUUUUCCUUGUUGGAGAGCACUGACAGGAGAAAAGGGGCUGAAAUUGAGAUAUUGUGUCAAUAGUGUAAUUACUUUUACUGCCAGUAGGGGGAGACAAAGGUUCCUUACGGUAGCUUUAAGGGUUACUACAAGUUUAUAAAAUCUUGUUCUGUAGUUUUGGCCAUCAUUCCUUACAAGAAGCAAGAAAAUUAGGUAUGUGGGAUUUGGGAAGUCCGUUACAGAAACGCAUGGCAUUCACAAAAGAGAAAAAAAUAUAUAUAUUUGUUUACUCAAGUAAAGUCCUUCAAUGUUACAUUUUCUAAAAUAUUUCGUCUAGUAUUCAGGUGUAGAUUCAAGAUUUCAUUUGGUGAAAAGUUUGAAAUGGCAAAGGUAAUAGUUGGAAAAGUGACGUUUUGCUUCAAAUGAUUUCAAUUCGCGCAGAGAAAACUCACGUGGAUCGAGUGUUUUCAGCUUUCCUUGUGUUACGUCACUUUUCUAAUACAGCACCGUGAAUGCCUUUGAGGAAAGACUGCCCCCACUGGAGAACAAAAGAAACUCAGAGAGAGGGACUAGUAAUUCGUUUCACAAGUCGCUGAAGCGUUGCGUUGUUGUAGCUCACGGAAAAAGAGACGACCAAAACUACAAAGAUUUAAAGCGCGACAAAGACAGGUGUCCUUUAAAGAACCAGGGGGUGGGACUUACAGGGAUCUAUGAGCGGAAAAGGAAUAACGCUGUUGUCAUUUUGCUCUUUGGCCUUUUCCCCCGUCCUCCUCACUGGACCUUUUAGUUGGUCUCGAAAGGGAGGAAUCUUGGAUGUUUUAAAGCACCGUCCUUAAGGAACGAAGGGGGCACCUUUGUAGGAUUUUGCGUUGCCGGGGCUCCUACCCACUCCUGAAAUACCACACAGCUUUAUUGUUACACAGACACUGAGGCACAGCACACACACACACACACACACACUCAAAACUAUUUUGCUACAUGAGUUCAUACUGUAUAUUUCUUGAUAUGUUUGAUACUGUGGUGUAAAUGUAGUGUCCUUCUAUGACGCCGUGUGGGGGUGUAUUUGAACUCUAGGGUGGGACGGGAGAGGUUCAGUAUCAGUGUGACUGUCACCUCGUCUCUCUCUUCAUUACCGGCUCGUGACCGAAACAUUUUGCUUUAUUUUAUUUCUUUUUGGGAGGGGGAGGGAGGGGGGAGAAAGACUCCAUUUUUGUUGGAACUGAUCACAAGCACAUUCCUGACUCUCCUCUGUCCGUGCCGUCGUCUUCUUCUACUUCUUCUUCUUUCUCCAGACCCUUUUUCCUGUCGCGACGAUACAACAUGUGUCUAGUUCUCGCCGACUCACAUGUACAUAGAGCGCAUAUAUGUGUACACAUGUGCAAUACACGCUAUUCGAGCAAUCUAUUACUGUGACUAUUAUUGAUGAUGAUACUUGUCCCGUUUUUUUGAAGUUUAAGCCCGUUUCUUUUGUUUUUUUUGUCGUUGUUGUUGUUUUGUUUUUUCCUCCCCCUCCUCGUCGAUGAAUUGUGUUGCAGCAGGAGCUUAAAAAGGGAAGUUGACCCCGGUUUAAUUUCAGGGGUUUGUGGACAUUUUAAUGAAGCCCUUUCUUUUUUUCUUUUUUUUUUUUAUUACUCUCACUGUAAUGUUGUGACGUUGAUCCUGAUUAUCUGUUUUUUCUUUGUUUGUUUGUUUUGUUUUUUUUUUAAGUGGGCCUGUUGUUAAAUUUGUCUGGCAACUCAAUAAAGCAAUUCACUGAC